AUGGCUGACGUAGAUGUCCUCUCCACACCCCAUAAUAUUCAGGUCAGCGAGGUGACCUGUGACUCGUUCCGCAUCGCCUGGGAGAUGACCCCUGAGGACUCGGCCAGAGUGACUCAUUACUUCAUCGACUUAAGUCGCAAAGAAGGCGGAGACCAGAACCGCUUCAAACACAGGGAUGUGCCCACCAAGCUGGUGGCAAAGGCGGUGCCCCUGCCCAUGGCGGUGCGAGGCCACUGGUUCCUGAGUCCACGUACCGACUACUGUGUGGCGGUACAGACCGCCGUGAGGCAGCCAGACGGAGAUUACCUAGUGUCGGAAUGGAGUCAAGUGGUGGACUUCUGCACAGGAGAUUAUGCGAUGGAUCACCUGAGGCAGCUGCUUGACAAAGCUCAGGGAGCCGCUGGGCGACUGCUCAGGUUCUCGGUCUUCUAUCGCAACCAGCAUCCUGAAUACUUUAACUAUGUCAGAACAGAGUGUGGGGGUGUCAUGCGGCCAUCCUUAAAGGACAACAGCGGAAGUCACGGAUCUCCCAUCAAUGGAAAACUGCACGGAAUCUUCUUCAGCUGCAACACGGAGUUCGACACGGGCCUGCCUCCCAACGAUUCCCCAUACGGCCCUCUCCGUUUCCAAAUCCCCGCGGGACACUUACUGAACCCCUCCACCCAUUUAUACUUUGCCGACUUCUAUUGCAUGUAUACGGCCUACCACUAUGUAGUUGUGGUGCUGGCCCCUGCUGGCUCGGAGGGGGAUAGCUUUUGCUGUAGCCGCCUGCCACUCCUGGACCUGGCAUCCAAUCCCUUUCUGACUUACAACCCGCCUCAGAAGGAAGGGGAGGAGCCUGUUUUCUGUCAUGCCAGUGAUGUCAUCCUGGAGGUUCUGUUCACUGAGCCGCUGAGUCUAGAACAGGGAACCUUAGCACAAAUUUCUGGGCAUCAUCAACUGAUGAGUCUCUCCACCGCUAACGCUAAGAAAGACCCCAGCUGCAAAGUGUGCAACAUUAGUGUGGGCCGCUGA